AAGGAGAAGUGCUGUUAACAAAACCUGCAAUGAAGGAGACGAAGCGGGCGUAUAUUGAACUUGAAGCGCAGCUGAAGCCUGAGCUGUCCUAGCCUGAUUGCCAGCUGAAGUCUGCCAGUGCAAGGACGAUCUCCACAAUCUAGCGCCCUGGUUGCUGCUUUGCCACUGUGUCUCCAAGCAGCAGCUCGCAAAGCAUUUGUACGCUCUUGAAACACUCAGCUGGUUGCUUGCACUCUCCAAUCGCCUCGUGCGCAUCGGCAGACUCAGUCAAGAUGUCAGGACGGAAAAGAACCUUGCUGAAGGUUAUCAUCCUUGGUGACAGCGGGGUUGGUAAGACAUCAUUGAUGAAUCAGUACGUCAACAAGAAGUUCAGCAACCAGUACAAGGCAACCAUUGGAGCAGACUUCCUCACAAAAGAAGUGCAGGUCGACGACAGGCUAGUGACCAUGCAACUCUGGGACACGGCCGGUCAGGAAAGGUUUCAGAGCCUUGGCGUGGCAUUCUAUCGGGGGGCUGACUGCUGCGUGCUAGUGUACGACGUCAAUGUCAACAAGACGUUCGACAACUUGGAUAAUUGGCGGGAAGAGUUCCUGAUCCAGGCGAGCCCGUCCGACCCAGAGAACUUCCCCUUUGUUGUGCUCGGGAAUAAGGUGGAUGUAGAUGGGGGCAACAGCAGAGUGGUAUCAGAGAAGAAGGCCAAGGCGUGGAGCGCUUCCAAGGGCAACAUCCCGUACUUCGAGACGUCUGCAAAGGAGGACUACAACGUGGAUGCGGCUUUCCAGAUCAUCGCAAAGAAUGCCCUCAAGAACGAGACUGAGGAAGAGAUUUACCUACCUGACACGAUUGACGUCAACGCUCAACGACCACAAAAGUCGUCAGGUUGCGAAUGCUGAUUUGGAAGCCGCAACAAGCAGUUGCAGUGGCAAAGCGCCUCUUUGUUGCAAGCAGUUCCGCUUACGUAGACUUGUAAUCGAAUGUCAUUGCUUGCAUAUGUGUACAGAGAUACUUACUUUGUUACAGAAACACUCCUUUCGACCUGGUAAACAUAAACGAAACAUGUGUGUCAGUAUAUUUUCAUUCUCUUCCAGUCUAUGCUGGCUUCACCAACC